UGUAUCAAUAUUUACGAUAUAUAGUUAUCAAAUUUAGAUAAAAUCUACUACCAACUACAAACAAAACCUAACCUCACUGAAUCUGUCAUACUGCCGUCAUUUAAUGGGGAGGUUGACAGAAGCCGUGCGCGCAGCCGCAGGCCAGGGGCAUGGUGUAUGACUGUUCCAGGGGCGUAACAAGUAACAAGGCCAAGAAUACAAAACAUAGCUCUGUGAGUUCAUAGGACUCAUCCAAGAGAAUCGAGCCAAAGAUAGAAUAGUCAAGUUUAAAAAUAGUUUUUUAAUUUUAUCUGGAGACACGUGCAUAUUAGCGCUGAUUUGUCAAUUAUAAAUACUGUGUAUUUUAUCCAUUAAACGUUUAAAAUGCAGGACCCAAAUGAAGAUACAGAAUGGAACGAUAUAUUACGCAAAAAAGGAAUUCUUCCCCCGAAGCCAAAAGAGAAAGAGGUUACAGAAGACCAAAUUAUAUCAAUGCUUGAAGAAACUAUAGAGAAAAAGACGUCAGAAGGCAAAAAUCUAGCAGAUCUGAACUUGGAUGAAUUAGAUGAGUUAGAAGAUUCUGAAGAUGAAGCUGUGUUGGAAGAAUAUAGAAGAAAAAGGAUAGCAGAAAUAAAAGCCUUGGCCCAAAAAGAAAAAUUUGGGACUGUGGGUGAAAUUUCUGCUCAGGAUUAUGUUAAGGAAGUUAACAAAGCUGGAGAAGGGAUUUGGGUCAUUUUACAUCUAUAUAAACAAGGGAUUCCCUUAUGUGCUUUGGUAAAUGAACAUAUGAGAAUGCUGGCUGCUAAAUAUCCCACAGUAAAGUUUCUAAAAUCCAUAUCAACAGUUUGUAUUCCCAAUUAUCCAGACUCAAACUUGCCAACAAUCUUCAUAUACUUUGAAGGUGAAUUGAAGCAUCAAAUUACAGGUCCCUUGGAGCUCCGUGGACCCAAUUUAACCAUUGAAGAGUUUGAAUACCUUCUUGGUAAAGCUGGAGCUAUAAAUACCCCAAUUAAAGAGGAUCCACGACCAAAAAUAAAAGAUAAACUAUUUUCCGAUUUAUCUGAAACAAAUGAUUGGUAACAAAUAUAUAAAGAUGAAGUAUUUGCAAUAUUGAUAUAAUUUAUUUUUUCUUUACGGUAAAUUGUUUAGAAAUGCUUUACACUUUUCUGAGAAAAAUUAAAGAACAAAAAACUUUUCAUGUCAUUUUAUUA